AUGCUACAAUACACUUACAUCAUUGUCAUCGGAGACUCAAAUGUGGGCAAGACCUGUUUAAGCUUCCGCUUCACCGGCGGAGCCUUCCCCUGUAAGACUGAAGCCACCAUCGGCGUGGAUUUCAGGGAGAAAGCCGUGGAGCUCGAGGGCGAGAAAAUAAAGGUACAAGUAUGGGACACAGCGGGCCAGGAGCGCUUUCGGAAGAGCAUGGUGGAGCACUACUACCGCAAUGUGCAUGCCGUCGUAUUUGUAUACGACGUCACAAAAAUGGCCUCAUUCCAGAAUCUAAAGACCUGGAUUCAGGAGUGCAACGGGCACAGGGUGUCAUCCUCGGUGCCUCGUGUUCUGGUGGGUAACAAAUGUGACCUAGUUGACCAGAUCCAGGUCCCUUCCAACACUGCCCUCAAGUUUGCCGAUGCCCAUAACAUGCUACUGUUUGAAACAUCAGCCAAAGAUCCCAAGGAGAGCCAGAAUGUGGACUCCAUUUUCAUGUGCCUGGCGUGUCGUCUAAAAGCCCAAAAGUCCCUGAUCUACAGAGACGUGGAGAGAGAAGACGGCAGAGUGAGGCUGACACAUCAGCCCGACCCUAAGAGUAACUGCCCGUGUUGAGGACCUUAAACUGUGAAAUUAUUAACAUUGAUAAUUCACAAUGCAAGGAUGUGCCUGCAACUAAUUUUAGUUACUUUAUGACAGCUGCUCCAUGAACUGUUUUUUUUUUCUUUGAGUGUGCUUAUCUAUCAUGUUCUUUUUUCAAUUACACCAUCACUAAACAGGCAAAUCCCACAAAACCUGUCAAGAACAUGUUUAAGUCAUCUCAAAAUCAAAAGAAAGAAAUGAGAAAUUACGUUUUGCUGACAGAAAAUUAUGCCUUUUAAGACAUUAUUUUCAUGACAAUUAAGCACCCUUUCCCCAUUACUGCAAUGAAAAUCAUUGCCGUAAUGCAAAAUAUUUAUAUAUAUGUACUUCCUUUCAUUUAUGCUGAUUUAAAUAAAAAAAAUUGUAAUACAGUAGUGAAACUCUAAUGACAAUCAGUUUUAAAAAC